UCUGUGUGUGCGUGUGUGUGUGUGUAAGACAUUUAUCACAUGCAGCACUUUGCUUAACCAUUAAACCCCUCUGCCCCACCCUCUCCACUCUUCAUGUCCAAUCCUGGAAACAACAGCGAUACACGAACUUCUUUCUCAGUUCAGAUACGACCCGGUGUGUGUGUACGUGUGUGAAACCGAGAGGGAGGAAAAAGUUUGUGAUAGAGGGACAAAAGGAAAACAGAAGAAGGGAUGAAGUUGUGGAUUGUGUGUGUGUUGUGUGUGGCUCCAGCUCUAGGGAGCAGCAUAUGUAAAUCAGAAUCGCAGAACAAUGGCUAUCUUGUCAGGCUCAGUAUUAAAACAGCGCUGGGAGAUAACGCUUAUGACUGGAACGACAGUGAGAUGUUCUUCUUCAGAGCGUCAGUGGCCUUCGCAAUGAUGAGCUACACCAACAAUGAGAACUACACCGUCUCAAACGUCUUGGUGUGUAAUGAAACAAAGCGAGUAUCAUUUUGGUUCGUGGUGUCGUCGCCGAGCGACAGCUCUCAGCUCAUUCCCAAACAUGUGGUGGAGAACGCCAUCAGGAAUUCGAGGAAUCGGAUCAAUAACGCGUUUUUGCUGACGGAUCAGACACUGGAGUUUGUGGGAAUAAACCCGACUCUGGCGGCUCCGGUGCAGUACGACACUCCACCAUGGCUCAUCGUGUUCGGAGUGGUGAUGGGAAUCGUGUGUGCCGGCAUCAUCGCCAUGCUCUUCAGCUCCUUCAUCCAGAAGACACGGGCGAAGAGGAAACACUCUGAGGAAGAGGAGGAAACCGGAGAAAGAGUGACAGGAAAUGGAAUAACGUGUGAGAUUCUGAAGGACAAAGAUGGCUUUGAUAACCGAGGAUUCACUGAUGAUCGUUUCACCCAACUCUAAAGACUGAUGCAGUUUAACACAUUUAUCAGGAACUUAAUGCAAACAUCUGAGCUAAUGUUGCUAGUAGCAGAAGUCAGGCUUCACUAGCCUUUAGUUCCACUCAGCUCCAGAAUUAUUGGCAGCCUUGGUAAAUAAAUAUUGGUAAAACUUAAAUAUGGCACGAUACCACUUUUCUUUUCUGAUACUGAAACCUUGAGCAUCAGCCGACUCCGAUAUCGUUUUCUUUUAAAACUAUUAAGCUUCCUUUCUUUUCUUUCUUUUAACUGAAGCACUUCACAGUUACACUCUUACACACAAAAAUCACUUACUGUACAUUGUACCAAUCCCAACAAAAUGUCGGUUCCAAAUAAAUUUCUUUCCUAAAUCCAAUUCCAA